UGCUGGUUAAACUGGGCUGGUAUGGGAUGUUUACUGUCAGCAUGGAGAGCUGAAUUCCAGAGCUGGCGCUGAUUCAGCCUCACAAAGCCCUGUUGUUGAUCUGUAGUAGCGCUGUAGCGCUGGACGGUCCGGCGGGGGCUCUGGGUUAAACGCUGGCGGCGUAACGACCGGAUUAAUGGAUUUCCCACCAACUUAUUUCUUCUGUUCUUUUCAUUUCUUUUCACACCUCAUGAUGAAUUACUGCAGAUCAGAACUGCUGAAUCAAGCGUCCGACUGGAUCAAUAAAGAACUAAUUACAGAAGAGUUUCUACUGAUAAAAAGAACCUGAAUGUGGUUCUUUAGGUUCUGUAAGAUGUUUGAGUUUGAGUUGUUCAAGUAGUUGUUUAGGAUAAAGUGGAACAUUCCGGGUCUCAGAGCUGAAAUCGAACAGUUUUCAGCAUGAGCCGAGCCUUCAACAGGAAAAAAGAUAAAUCAUGGAUGCACACGCCGGAGGCUCUGGCCAAGCACUUUAUAGCGUACAAUGCUAAGUUCCUGGGGAACACUGAGGUCGAACAGCCUAAAGGAACAGAAGUGGUGAGAGACGCCGUCCGAAAACUGAAGUUUCAGAGACACAUCAAGAAAUCCGAGGGACAGAAGAUUCCGAAAGUGGAAUUACAGAUUUCUAUUUAUGGAGUGAAAAUUCUAGAGCCAAAAACAAAGGAAGUUCAGCACAACUGUCAACUUCACCGGAUUUCCUUCUGCGCCGACGAUAAAACAGAUAAGAGGAUUUUUACCUUCAUCUGUAAAGAUUCAGAAUCCAACAAACACCUGUGUUACGUUUUCGACAGCGAGAAAUGUGCGGAGGAGAUCACUCUGACUAUCGGACAGGCGUUUGAUUUGGCCUAUAAGAAGUUCCUGGAGUCCGGAGGGAAAGAUGUCGAGACACGGAAACAGAUAGGAAGUCUGCAGAAACGAAUUCAGGAACUCGAGACGGAAAAUUCAGAGCUGAAGAAGCAGCUGCAGAGUCUGGAGAACCAACUGCUGACCAAUCAGGUUCCACCACUGCUUCACAUUAACUCCACUAACGAGGACUUUAUGCUGCAGAGACCUUCCUCUCUUUUCUGGUGUCACAAUCUGACUUCCUUUUCCUGUCUGGAAAUUUCCUCUGUUACUCUAACGCCCAUGAGCUCUCCAGACUCCAAUAUAUCAGCUGGGGUUCUGACUCCGCCCCCCAACAAACCUGCUCUACCGAAGCCCCUCCCCGGAGUCGGGAUCCCCCGACCUCAAGGCGGCGGAAACUCCAAGGUGCCCACAGAUAUAUUCGACAUGGUGCCGUUCUCUCCACUCGCCCCCCUGCUGCCCCUCCCCCCCAGCGACGCUUCACCACCCCCACCUCCAACCAGACCUGCAGAUAUCAGGAAGGAUCUGUUCGGAUCAGAACCGUUCGACCCGUUUACCUGCGGCGCCGCCGACUUCCCCCCCGACAUCCAAUCACGACUGGACGAGAUGCAGGAGGGGUUCAAAAUGGGACUGACAGUAGAGGGCGCUGUGUUCUCUCUGGAUCCUCUGGACGGACGCUGCUGAUUGGAUCAGACUAUUGUGUGUCUGAGUCUGAUUUUGGAUCACAGAGCAGAAAUGAAUCAGAACAUUAGAUCAAUAUUUUUAUAAGAACUGAAACCAGGAGGAUCUGAAGGAUGUAGAUAAUCUGAAGAUUCCAAACACAGAACCCCCCAAUCACCUUAAUCCCCUAACACCACACUCACACACACUCACACACACUCACACACACUCACACACACUCACACACACUCAUACACACUCAUUUACACACUCACACACACUCACACACACUCAUACACACUCAUUUACACACUCACACACACUCACACACACUCACACACACUCACACACACUCACACACACUCACACACACUCAUACACACUCAUUUACACACUCACACACACUCACACACACUCAUACACACUCAUUUACACACUCACACACACUCAUACACACUCACACACACUCAUACACACUCACACACACUCACACACACUCAUACACACUCAUUUACACACUCACACACACUCAUACACACUCACACACACUCAUACACACUCACACACACUCACACACACUCACACACACUCACACACACUCACACACACUCAUACACACUCACACACACUCACACACACUCAUACACACUCACACACACUCACACACACUCACACACACUCACACACACUCACACACACUCACACACACUCAUACACACUCACACACACACACACACACACACUCAUUUACACACUCACACACACUCACACACACUCACACACACUCACACACACUCAUACACACUCACACACACUCACACACACUCACACACACUCACACACACUCACACACACUCACACACACUCAUACACACUCACACACACUCAUACACACUCACACACACUCACACACACUCACACACACUCACACACACUCAUACACACUCACAGACACUCAUACACACUCACACACACUCAUACACACUCACACACACUCACACACACUCACACACACUCACACACACUCAUACACACUCACACACACUCAUACACACUCAUUUAGACACUCACACACACUCACACACACUCACACUCACACACACUCAUACACACUCACACACACUCACACACACUCAUUUACACAUUCCUACACUAACCCUGCGUUCACACUAGUAGCGGUUCUGUGGGAUUAGUGAUUUAUAGUUCGGCAGCAGAACGAUAAGAACUGGAGCUCAUGAAUCAUUUCCAGAUUAAAACCACUGAAUAAAACAUGCCCUCAGUUUACAGAUCAAAAUCCCGCCCCUCAACAAAAUGAGCCAAUCAGCUGACUGCUUGUGACAGAAUUCCCCUCAAAGUGCAGAAAAAUAUUAAAUUAUUGAUCCAAACACUAAAAAACCACUAAAACUGUUCAUGAAGUUUUAUGGGAUUUAUCUGAAUGAUCUGGAGUGUAAGUGAAGAUUAAACUGAUAUAUUUAUUAUAUAUGUUCACGCAGAGUCUGGCUGCUGCCUGAUUAUCCUGUUAUAUUUUAUUACAUAUCUUUAGAGGAAGCUCUUGAGUCGGUCCUCAGUGAAUGAAGGUUAAUGAAAGGGUUAAUGAAAUGUGGCACAUUUUGUAUUCAGAAAGUGGGAGGAGCCUCAGAGUUCAGCACAUCAGCAGUGUUAAUAUACAGUUUAUUACACAGUUAUACGGUAAUUCAGCACUUUUAUCUGUUGGAGUUUACUGCACUAGUGGAGAGGUGAAGGGUGUGUGUGGGGGGGCGGAGUAUCAGGUAUGGGCGGAGUCUCAGGUGGGUUGGUCUUUCGAUAAUUAGCUCACUAAAGUAGCCAGCAUGCUAACCGGCCUGGUGUUGUGCCGGUGUGAACGCGGGGUUAAAACACGUCUAAUUCCUCUUUAUUUCUCUUUUUCUCUCCAGACAAAAUCCAUUGCAACAUGGCAUGCAGUGUAACAUAUUUACUUUUUAUAUUAAAAAACAGAUUAUUACAUUAACACUCAUAAUACUGGAAUCUUAUUCUUCUGUUACUAAAGUACGACACCAGGAGGGUCACGAUUUUAUUUUGAUUUUUGCGAGAAUUUCAUUGUAAUAUUUUCUUAACUGGACAUUAAUAUUUUUGAUGGUUUUAUAACGACAUAGCUGGAUUAUUUGCAUAAUAAUGUGUACUUGUAUUGCAUUUUAAUUGGGUAUUCUAUAUUUUAGUAUAUUCUUGCACCAAGAAGCACUUUGGGAAAACUCUGUCCAUAUGGUAUUACCUGUUCUUUUAAUUUGUAUGCAGUAUUUUAGCCUUUGCUGUUGUAGUCAUUAAAAACAGAAUAAAAAAACCCGA